AUGUCUGAUCCCGAAAUCGCGACCAAGGCGCCCGAGUCCGAUGCAAUGGAAGACCAAACUACAUCACAACCUCCCACUACACAACCCACAGCCACAACCUCAGAGACAACAACCCAGCCUUCCGCUGUUUCGUCCACGGAUAGCACCGCGCAAAGCGGCCCAACAAUGGGCGCCCACUGCACGUCCGAUCGGCCUGCUCCAAUCAACACGCCGUCCUCUGGCGAAAUCACAAAACUAGCCAACAUCGACACCUACAUCUCCAAACCAGCAGACUACCCGUCCACGCCCGCCAAACUGGCUCUGCUCCUCACAGGCGGUACCGGCAUACACUCUAUCAACAAUCAGCUUCAAGCCGACCGCUACGCCGCCGCCGGCUACCUAGUCGUCAUGCCGGAUCAGUUUGACGGUGACCCGGCUCCGAACAGCACCAACCGCGUCACCUCGCCCACCACCGCUACCACCUUCGCCGAAGCGGCCGACGUCGAAGCUCAAACGCCUGCCUCAUCCAGCUUGCUCGACCGCAUCAAGCUGGGCUUCGCAGACACGGCCAAGUCGUUCGUGCUCGACAUGUGGCUUGCCCGGCAGACGCCCGAGAAGGUCCUGCCACGCCUGCUGAAAGUGCUGGCUGCGGCGCGGGAGGAGUACGCGGACGCGGUCGCACACGGCGGCGGCAUCUACGCCAUAGGCUACUGCUUUGGUGCCAGAUACGUCAUGAUUCUCGCUAGCGAGGAUCCGGCCGCACACCCUGCUAUUGCGCCGCCGGCGGCGGCAGGCACCGCUACGGGCAUCGCGUCUGCGUUUCCGAGCCCGUUGAUCAAGGUGGGCGCCGUGGCGCACGGCACGCUGGUGACACGAGAGGACGUGCGCGGCGUCGAGGUCCCGAUGUGCGUGGUUGCGGUGGAAAACGACAGUCUGUUCCCGGAGGAGGUGCUGGAGGCGGGGCGCAAGGCAUGGGCGGCUUCGGCCGUGGAGUGCAGAGUGGAGGUGUUUGGUGGGGUGCCGCAUGGCUUUGCGGUCCUCGGCGAAUAUGAGGACGCCGGCAUCAUGGAGAGCCAGGAACGAGCAUUUGAAAUGAUGAGGGGGUGGUUGGACGAACACUAA